GCUAAUUUUAUGCAAAACGUUUGCUUUUAUAAAAUUUUAGAAGAGGUUAAAUUGUUUUCAAAAUAAACAGUGCACUAUUAAAUAAAUGGAUAUAAAUCAUUUCAGCCCCUUUGCAUCUGUUUGAGUUCUCAUUCUAUAUAUAUGAGUAAGAUUCUAUUUGAAAUGGAAGAAACAAAGAAAGACCCUUUGAUGCUUGAAAUUGGCAUGGACAAUGAAACUUUGAACUUGAAUGUUACUAACAGCAGCAAUCUGGAUCUUUCGACUGCAUUUCCAGAUAUUCCAUACUAUCUAACCUUCAAUGAAGACUCGAUUCGCGAAGUGAUUUUGUACAGUCUAAUGCUUGUGUUGGCUGCUGCAGGUAACAUCCCUGUUUUCGUGACUCUCAUACGGAACAGGCAUCGAAAGUCACGUGUGAAUCUGAUGAUCAUGCAUUUGGCUAUUGCUGAUUUAAUUGUAACCUUCGUCAUGAUCCCACUGGAGAUUGCAUGGCGGAUCACUGUUGCUUGGAUAGCUGGAAAUGCAGUGUGUAAAAUCAUGCUAUACAUGCGAGCUUUCGGACCUUAUCUCUCAUCAAUGGUACUCGUUUGCAUUAGCCUGGACCGGUACUUUGCCAUCCUGCAUCCACUCAAAGUUAACGAUUCUCAACGUCGGGGAAAGAUAAUGAUCGCUCUGGCCUGGCUAAUCAGCUGCCUCUGCAGCAUCCCUCAGAGUGUCAUUUUUCACGUAGAGAGCCAUCCGGAUUACCCACAGUUUCUCCAAUGUGUCAGCUUCAAUUUCUUCCCCACCGUCUACCACAAAAUGGCGUAUAAUAUCUUCUGCCUACUGGCUCUUUACGGGGUGCCUUUGCUCAUUAUCAUAGUCUGCUACUCUAGAAUACUUUGGGAAAUUUCCAGAAGAUCCAGAGACUCUGAUGUAUCUCUUCUUUUAGGUGACCUGUCGCAAGAACCUCGUUACAGACGACGACUUUAUCUCAGGCGUUCCGACAUAGCCCAUAUCGAGAGAGCCCGUGCUAGAACUCUUCGAAUGACGAUCAUCAUUGUGCUGACUUUCUUUUGGUGCUGGACGCCUUACGUGGUCAUGGUCCUGUGGUACCUCUUCGAUCCUGUCUCUGCCGAUAAAGUAGAUUCUCGCAUCCAGUCCUCCUUGUUCAUGUUCGCCGUGUCCAAUUCCUGCGUCAAUCCUCUCGUCUAUGGAAGUUACGUCCUCAACUUUAAGCAGGUGUUUAAAAGAGCCUUCUGCAGGAGACAAGGUUCGCAAACAGGAUCCGUAAACCACACGCAAAUUACCACACCUGCUAAACGUGCGCCAGCAUGUGAACCUGUUCAGAGAGCUAUUUCUGUGCAUAUGAAUUUAAAUGGAGUCGGCACUUACCCAACGCUGGUGAAAGAGCAAGAUGUGCAUUUCACGUCAAAUUUGCAGAGAUGUCAUUUUAGUAGUAGUUGCGGAAAGUUAGUGAGUGAAAGACGUGCAUGUAUUUCGAAGAAUAAAACUCAAACUAGUGUUCAUAGCUUGGAUCAUUAAACAAAGGAGUAAUGUCGACGAUAUGAUUGCAAGAUGGCAUAACCAUUUUUCCAUAAACAAGAUAAAGUGACGUAAGUAGAAAAAGUAGAUUUUCCGGGGAUUGCAAACUCAAUAAGCAUGGAUUAAGCAACUGCUCAAUAAGCAAUCGCUUUAAAAUUUUAAAUUGUUUGCUCACAUACUUACCAAUUUACUUAGUAUUUCCUUUUACAUUUUGCAUUAUUAUUGUUAUCAUUAUUAAUAAUAUCUAAGUGCGCAAUAUGAGCGAAUGCGUAAUGUUUAAAACUGAAUUAGGGUUCAUACUUCUAAUGAAAUAUCUUUAUGUAAUAAGAAUCAUCAAAAGAUGAAAUACUAAUUAGAUUACUUUCAUUCAAAUGUAAUUAUCAAGAUUUGAUGAAGAGUGUGUUUCCAUAUUUAUUAUUUCUACUUAAAUUUGAAAAUAAGAAGGCUUAAAUAAAUAAAGAGUAUGAAGGAAUUGGUUUACUCGAAGUAUUAUUCAAACUAAAAUUGGAGAAGUUUCUGCUGAAACCAAAUGUUAUAUAUAAAUUUUGCAGUAAAGUGUCAGUUCUUAUAUGCAAGUCGUACUAGUAUUGUACCAGCAAUCGUUUUGUCAAAGAACUCUUUUCUUGAGCGAAGGAGGAAGGUGGGACUUUACGAAUUUCGUCUUGCUUCUGGUAACUUGCAGAUAUUGCAGUUGGUAUUGCACUUGUUAUUGCAGUUUAGUGACCACUGUACGAGAUGUUGACAAAUGUAAUUAUAUCUAUAGCAAAAUAUAUUCAUUCGUCAUUCCAAACUCCUUUACGGCAACCUUUCAUAAUAUCGCAUGAUACGAUUUAUAAAUAGCACAGACGUUUUUAUCUAGAAAUAUAUGUUUAAAUAUUUCUUCAGAAUCAAAAAUAACACUUUUGCUUAUGCCACUUAUCUUGUAUUGUUCAGAUAUUUGUAUUGUGAGCUUUAUCAACUCUUCCGAUCUUUCAUUACCAUACUUGCAUGCAUUAUUAAUGUACUGACCAAAAGUUUCUGAAAUGAUGUAUUCAAAGUUAAUAACAGACUUUAAGUCCCAAUGAUAACCAUCAUCCUUAAAGUAACCACGCUCAGUUCCUCACAUAUACAGCAGUCUAUCAACUGCUUUUCCCGAACUGAACGUUUGUUUUAAGUCAUUUUAGAAGGACUUUGGAGGUUUAAUUAAGUUCGUUGUUGAAUAUCCUGAAUUGUGUGCAAAUGAUGAAACUAACAGAAGAUUAAAUCGGAGAUGAUGGAAGAUGAGGAGCUUGCUGUUGUUUGCCAGAAAAUGCACAUGUCUCAUAGCCUUGUGUGAUGGAAUGCAAUCUGAGUAAAGAAGGUAAUUAAUAGAAUUCUACAGCUUGGACUGCAGACUCAUCAUUUGUAAUGUAACCGACACAAAACAUUGUGACAGAUAGCUGAAAACGCAGUGAAGCCAGCAUGUAUGUAUUCGCAGUGCAUAUUUCCGUCAAUAUCAGUAAACAAAGUGAAUAUGCUCAUCUCUUGGCUUUCUAGUUAAUUGUCUAUAUUUACUCAAAUAUUCACAGACUUCACUGCAUCACUGGAAUUUUAACCGUUAACGUUUUGUCUUGUUUAAUACAACAUUUCAUGCUCAUUUAAUACAAAAUUUCAUCCAAACGCUUUACUCUAAUAUCAGUUUCUGCCAUAUAAAACAUAAGAAAUGCAAAUUCAACUCAAUGCGAAAAAUUGUUAUACUUUAUACCCCUUUCAACGUAAUAGGAGCCUAUUUCGAGAAAUGACUUACAAGAUAUGUGAAUACAGCAACAUGAUGCACCAAAAGGUAGACAAAGAUGUAUCCUUCAUUGUCAGUACACUGCGGGAUUAAAAUGUAUUAUUUUAACAGUUUUAAACUCUGUUUGUACUGCAAGAAUGAUUACAUACUCAAGGUAAUAAAUCACAUAAUUUAUACAUGUUUUAUCUAAAUAAAAUACAAACGGUAUCCAUAAAAUUCUUCUCGUAGCCUUUAUUUUCACAGCCGUUAUUUCACAUUAAUGAACAUAGCAUACAGUUAUAAAAUAUAUUUAAGUACUUUGAAUUAUUUCAAAUAUUUUGCUUUGACAUUUUUAUAUUAAAAAACUGAAUUAUGGAAAAAUAUAGAAAUCUUUUAUAAGAUUUAUAAUCUCUGUUAAGGUUAAGCAGCGCUCUUCGGUUUCCUCUGGUUAGGUAUAUUUAUUAAAGAUUUAUAUGGAUUCUGAAAAGUAAAGUACAAAACGCUUGACUUUCACUGGAUGAAACAGCUGUGAUAUUUAAGUUUAAUUUUUUAUUUUAUUCCUUCUGAAAUUUCAAGGGAGGUACCCAAGUUGAAAUGAGAAACUUAUAAAUUGUAAUAAACUAAAAGUUAAAUAUAAGUUUAAAUCAUGAGGUUAAUUAUGUUAAUAGAUUAAAAUAUGAACACCGAUUUAAACUGAUUGUCUUUAAUACUUUUAAAUAAAUUUUAUUUUAAAAAAGAGAUCUUAUUUACAUGACCUUAUACAAUUUGCACUCUACAACAGCCUUGACAUAACCAUCUUAUAAUAUUAUAAAUUUAAAAUGAAAAAUAGUUUUAAUCCAACGCGCUUUUUGUAUGACUAUUAGAUGAUUGUUAUAGACUAUUAGAUGAUAAUCCCAAGAUAAUAAAAGUGACGUGAAUAGUAUUGAUAUAUAUUUAUCAUUUUAAACUUGUAAACUACUUCUAUGAAACUGCUUUCAGUAUAUCAGGUAUAACAAAAUUAUAUAUUAAAGAAUUUCAUACAUUAGUAAAUCAAAAAAUAAUAUCUCUUAAUGACAUUAAAUUAUUAAACAAAAACCAAUUUAUUCUAAAACGUUUUGUAGAACCCCUCAAUCAGAGCAGCAAGUUUCAUUUAUUGGGACUGUAUAAUUUCUAAAAAUUUCAAAUAUUCUAAUAAAAUAGAUUAGUUAUAUUUAUUGUAAAUGAUCAAUAUCUUUUGCGUGUUUUAUUUCUUUGAAUGAGUAUGGUCUUUUGACCUUUUAAUAAAUAUAACUAUAGGAACUGUGGGACCCGUGUAAAAAUCAGAUAUUAGAGAUUUUACAAAAUAUUUUUUUUUUGUUUUUUUGUUUAAAAAUGCCAAAACAUAAACAUUUAAAAUAAACGUUGAACACGAUCAUGUAAAAUAUAAAAGUAGGUAUUUAAAAGGCAAACUUAAUUUUGGCGUAGAUUGUAAAAAAAAAAAAGCAGUAUCGAUUACAAGCGCAGAUCUGUGUCUGACUUCAAAAUCCUUCAAAAGCGAAAUGUUUUUUUAAGAAACAGACAUGUAUUUUGUGAAAAUUAGCCUGUGCAUUUCCCUGAACCGGAAAGAAGAAAACAAAUGUUGAAUCAAUUUAGAUCGAAUGUGCGGCAACAAAAAUCAACAAAAAGAGAACAGAAACACCACGAAACUAAACCUAAACAGAAGGAAGUGCAGAAAACUUUUAUCUGAUCGCUCUCCAACCCGAUAGAGGUUUAUUUAAAAUCUAUUACAAUUUAAGAUUGCUUUUUUUGCCUAGGUUUAAAGUUCAAUAUUUGCCUUAGAUAUAGCAUUUGGUAAUUGGACAUCUAUAUUUUGACAACGGAUGCGGAACUAAAGGCCUCAUAAGGACUGUUGUAUACACACUGCAUGUUCGUAAUCCUGUUACGAAAGAAAUUCGGUGCUCUUUUUUAAUUGUAAGAUGUAUCCUUUUUAUAAAUGUGUUUAUGCGAAUUAUGUGAAAUGUAUUUUUAUUAAUACAAAUACGUAUUUCUUCCUUAUAGUGUUUUUCGUAUCUAUGUCUUUCAAAUUAUGUUACGUGAAAAUUAAUAUUCAUGUUUAUCAUCGUCAUUAUUAUGUAACUCUACCUGUUAAAUAUUGAAAAAUGGCUGUUUUAUGUAUUAAUUCCCAAAUAAUACUUCGUUAAAAAUGUUA